AAAUAGUUCCGUCCCACCUUGGGCUUCUUCGUGGGGUUGGCUGUUGAGGUGUCGAUUAAAAGAACUUUCACGCCGAACUUCUGUUUCAGCGCCAAGCUGCAGAGAGCGGACCCUUUACUCAAGAUUGCAACCAUUUUUUAAUGUUGAAAUCAGACGAUGAGGAUGGGGAUACUCCAUGCCAUCAUUCUCCCGAUGCUACUGGCCUACUGCGCCGCCGAGUCCAUCAAAAUAGGUGCUUUAUACGGUGAGAACACCCAUGUCGACGACAUCUACAAGAACAUCUUAACGGAUGCCCAGCAGUUCAUCAACCGAGAUUUCUCCAUCCUCCCUAGCGGUGAUGAGGUGUCCGUGGUUCACUACCAACCACCUAACGGGAAUGAUUGGUCUUGGGGUUCGUUGGCCGUUGCAAUAAGAGCAUCAUGCUCCUUCAUCAACAACAAAGAUGCACAUACCCUCAUCAUUCCCGACGAUGUAUGCUUGGAUUGUGGAGGACUCGGAGGGGUCAUAGGGAAUGGCUACUCCCCUACCCUCGCUACCGACCAAGCCGCCGAUUCAAGGGCCAUCAAGCUAUACCCCAUCAAAGAUGACUUGAUAGAGCUGAUUUCGGGGGUGAUCAAACAUUACAGAUGGACCACGAUGAUCUACCUGUAUGACCAGGACAGUGCCUAUGACAUCCUUGAGGAGUUGAUGAGGAAGGCUCCUGAAUACGGCUGGGUAAUCCAUCCCAUGGUACUCGCUGAUGACGUCAGAUCUCAAAUGAGAGACCUCAAAGAAAAGGCAAUCAAGAACAUCAUCGUCUACAUGCACGUCGAGGAGAAUAUCAAGACCGUCGUCGAUCACGCAUAUGAGGAAAACGUACUCAAGGAUACUUGGCAUUGGCUCUUCGGUAAUCCCAAUGUGGCCUCCCUUGGUAAGACAUUUCUCGAGACAAAGCUCCGCUACAACUCGGCCUUCCUAACUCGGUUCAAGAUGAAAGUUUCUUCAGCGGUGGAAGGAACCUUCUACACCCGAAGGCCAGACGCCAUCCGAAAAUGGCCGUUCAGACAGCAGUUGACCUACGACUCGCUCUUGGCUACUUCAUACGCCCUUCGAGCUUACCACGACGAGCACGGCUCCUACCCAGCAUCGGCGAGGUGUGGCAGGACCAUCAGUCAGCUUAUGCCAUAUUUCCACAAGGCUCGAACUUUCGAAGGUUGCAGUGGAGAGGUUUCAUUUGAUGCAGAUGGCAAUCGAGUCAACUACACCAUUGAUAUUUUUGUCGGCAAGAACCAAUAUCUUUCAACAAGUAAGCUUGGUGUAUUCACACAGAACAUCGACCACUGGGAGAGGAAAGAACGAUCAACAUGGAUGAAGCCAGGUUCAAGACUCUACAUGAAACCCUACAGGAUGGCUGAAGCCACUCAUAUCCAUGUUCUAAGUAUCGAGGAACCUCCUUUCCUGAUGCACAGGGACUACGAGCUGACUCGACGCCCUAACCGUCGUCGCUUCCGUCGCCAGGAUGUCAAUCCCGAACUCGACCUCUACAUCGGCUACGUCCCAAUGCUCCUCAAGGAAAUCAAGAAAGUGUUCGAAGAGGAUAUGGGGCUCGACUUUACCUACAGGCUUGAGCUUCUUGGUGAAGGGAACUAUGGUAAAUACGACAAGUCUACACUUGAGUGGGAUGGCAUGAUGAGAGAUUUGUACGACGGGGACGCAGAUGUCAUUGCUGCUGCUCUAACCAAGACUGAUAUUCGAGAGGAGUUUAUCGAUUAUACGUCCAUCUGGUAUAAAAGCGACAUCAAACUCCUCAUCAAGCAUCCGUCUUUCGUGUGGGAAUACCCGUUCGUGCCCCUUUUCCCAUUUAAUGUCUAUGCCUGGAUGGCUAAUUUCCUUGCUUUCUUUGUUGCCACGAUACUGAUGUGGGUUAUCAGUCGGCUGAACCAGAAUGAAUGGAGGGCGCUAUCCAGCCGUGGAGAGGCCACUGAGGAAGAGGGUGAUACCUUCACUCUCUACAAUACCACCUAUUAUAUGAUGUCCAUCUGGGCUUUCCAGGGGUACAAGAAGUCGCCAAAUUCCUACAGCGGAAGAGUCUUUACCGGCUUCUGGUUUGCGUACACCCUGAUCAUGGUAUGGCUCUACGUCUCCAACCUCACUCCGUUCUUGAAGGCCAGCAAGGUUGGCAUGAAGAUAUACAGCCUCAAUGACCUCAAUAAGCAGGAACAGUUCGAUUAUGGUGUUGUUCGGAACAGUCCGACGUAUGAUCUCUUUCAACAGUCGACCAAAGGUGACAAAAGAAUCACGUGGGACGACAUCCAGACCGGUGACGAGGACAAGAUCGUUCAAGACAGCAUCGAAGGCGUCCGUAAGGUUAGGCGGGACAACGGGCGUUACGCCUUGCUUUCAGAGAGGAAAAUGCUCGAGUAUGAGGCCUACCGUUGGCCAUGUGAUCUCUACGUGUCUGGUGGGUAUGUAACCAAGAUCAAGUUCCCUCUAGCCGUUCAGUCAGGGUCACCGCUCCGGGACCAACUCACCUACGCUAUCAAGAAACUCAAGAAAAAUGGCGUCAUCGCCAACAUCACAAGCACUUCAUUUUACAAACCAUAUUGCUCCAAGUCCUCCCUGUGGCAAAAGCAAGCAAAGAAGUCUAUCACAGGAGCCGAUCUGGCUGGAAUUUACUACCUAAUGCUUCUAGGUUUUGCUUCUAGUCUUAUUAUGUUCGCCGUUGAGACCAUUUAUUUCUAUCUUCGAGGGAACAGCGGCGUCCGAAUUCCAGUCAAAAGCCGUCAGAAGAGAGAUAACAUUCCGCUUAGCCGUAACGGUGGAGGAGGUGGCGGGGGUAUAGCAAGUGGUAUGGGGGUGCAUGAUACCGGUCGUGCCGGUACUUCCGGUUACCGUACCGGAGAACCAGAGAAGAGAGCUGCUGACUGGCUUUAAAGCAAACAAAAUACUCUUUGAUUUUUCACAUAUCAAAAUUAGCAAAGUGUUUUCGCUGUUCCUGCUAGGGCUACAAAAACUUCCAUCUAGAAUAAGUAUUUUUCAGAAGUGUGAACAUGGCCUCUGUCAUGUUGUAAUUGCUUCAUUCAAUCAGAUAUACCAGAGAGCUUGGAUUCGGACAGUAAAACAGCUAAAUAUCUUGUCAUUCUAUUAGAAUGGUGAUCUUCCCGAAAAAUUGAGAUAUGAGGUUUCGUCGCCUCAAUAACACUAUGUUAGAUGAUA